AUGACUGAAGAAAGUAAAAAUAAUACUCGCCUUUCGUUAGAAGAUCGAAUGAAAAAAUUGGGACGUCUCCACAAAAUGAGAAAUGAAGCCCGUCUGCUGAACCACAAAGAAGUAGUAGAAGAAGACAAGCGUAAGAACCUUCCCGCAAACUGGGAAGCGAGGAAGCGCCAAGCAGAGUGGAUUCUCCAGGACGAGGAAGCGAGACAAAAAGCCAAGGAGCAGGGUCUUGACUACGACCGGCAAAAGCUGUUGAGCAUCGACGCUAUUGAGGCCGAGAGGCUGGACAGGAAGAAGAAGAAGAAGAACCCGGACGUUGGCUUCGCUGAUUUUGAGCAAGCUACAGUAAGACAGUACACUCGCUUGGUAAAAAACAUGAAGCCCAAUAUGGAGAGUUAUGAGAAAGCCAAGGAGAAGUUGGGUCCUGCUUUUUAUGGUGAUCGGAACACCAUUCUCCAUGGGCUUCAUGAAGAUAAAAAGGAAGCUGUAGAUAAGAUGGUGGAGGAUUUAGGCAAGCAGAUUGCCAAGAGGGAGAAAUACAGUCGUCGAAGGACGCACAAUGAUGAUGCGGACAUAGAUUAUAUCAAUGAAAGAAAUGCGAAGUUUAAUAAUAAACUUGAGAGAUUUUACGGAGAGCAUACGAGGGAGACAAAGCUUAAUUUGGAGCGAGGAACUGCUAUUUAA